AUGGGCGACCUCGAUUUUGACGAGGUAGAGAAGCUCCUGGACAGUCGGGACGUGGGGCGGGACAAAGAGGGGAGCACGCACCGAGAGAACGAGGAGAAGCCUGUGAACAACGAACGGAACGAGAGAGCAGGCCCCUCCAAAGCCACCAUAGGUCCGCCGUCUCGACGGGGCGGUGCUCGAGGUGGGGACGACCGAGGCUCGCCUUCUCGUUCUCCAGGCCCCAACAAAAUCAGGGGGAGGAGUGGACGCGGAGAAGACGGACGGGGACCAAGAGGAGGCAGUGGCACAAAGAGGGAGGGUUUAAGCAAGAGAGAAAAAGAAGGAGCCUACCACAGGGAGUGGCCCAGCGGGUCGGGGUACGGCAGGAGGGAUGACCAUGAUGACAGAUGGAGAGGACGGCGUGGAGACGACCGGCAUAAAGGCCCUUCGCGAUCCAUGCGCAGCAGGAGCAGGGACAGAAGGCGGGGUUCCCGAAGCCCGCACUACGGCCGCGAAAGCCGGGGGGGACCCGGCGGCCGGGGACCAAGUCCUGGCACUCUUCGGGACGAGGCAGUGUACAUUAGGAUGCGGCGAGAAAGAGAUGAACAGCAGAAGAAACAGCGCGAGGACGAACUGAAGAAGCGUGAAGUCGAGGAGGCUCGCCGUGACGACCUCACUGUCCUCGUCCUGAAUCUGUGCUUAAAAGCAGAAGAGAAACAUAUUUACGAGUUCUUCUCCGCGAAUGCGGGAAAGAUUCGGGACAUCCAGUUGAUUCGGGACCAACGGUCGGGCACUUCCAAAGGUGUUGCAUAUGUCGAAUUCUAUACUCAAGAGAGUGUGAUCAAAGCGAUGGCUUUGAACGGCAUCGCGUUCAAGGGACAGCCGCUUCGAGUGCAGGCAUCGAUGGCUGAGAAGAACCGCGCCGCCCGCGCAGCGAAACAGCAGCAACAAGGUGGGGCGGCGGCCGAGUCGGCGGUAGUGAGCAUUCCAAUGAGAGUGUAUGUGGGCGGACUGGUUGACAACCUUGCGAAGAUUCAAGAGGAAGAUCUUCGAGUGCUCUUCGGGCCUUUUGGACGCAUCAACGAAGUCGAGAUCCCGAAGGACGCAAACACAGGGGGACUCCGGGGGUACGGUUUCGUGACCUACGCGUCUGCUGCUGACGCCCACGAAGCCAUGCAGCACAUGAACAACUUUGAGUUGCUUGGCCAACAACUCAGAGUUGGCUACGCUGCUGAUGGUGUUCGCGGUAGCGCCACCGAGGGUACGCUCCAGCAGGCGGCAGCAGCGGCUGCACUUCAGCAGCAGCAACAUCAGCUGGUACCUCCCCCUCAGGUUUCCCAAGAAGCUGUCCUUGCGCAGCAGCUGGCAGCCCAAGCUGCGGCUGCGAAACAGGGUGCACAGCCUCUUGGAGCCGUCGACGAGACCAAAGAUCUCCAAGAGAAGGACGAAGACGAUGGUCUGGACGACGAUGAUGGAGAUAAGGGCUUGAUUCAUGGGAGAGACCACAAACAGGCGCUGAUGCAAAAGCUGCUCAACCGAGACGCUGGCUCGUCUACCAGCUCCGCAGCAACUCAGAGUGGCUUCCUCCCCGCGAGCAACGGAGCAUUGUUUGCCGACAACGCGACAGGCAGUUGUAACGUCGUUCUGCACAAUAUGUUUGCUGCCAAAGACGUGAAUUUGAAGGAAGACCCACAUUUCUUCUUAGACCUUGGAGACGAUGUUCGCGAUGAGUGCAAGAAAUUCGGCUCGGUAGAGAAGGUAUGGAUCGACGAGCGCAACGUCGACGGCAAUGUCUGGAUCCGGUUCGCCCACCCGGAUCAAGCCCGAGCUGCUUUUGGUGCCCUCAACGGACGAUACUUUGCCGGAAAGCCGAUUAGUGCAGAGUUCAUUAGUGAUGCAGUGUGGUCAAGCACCUGUUCAUGAAUGCAGCGAUCAUACGGACUGUGCAUCAAGAUGAAAAGGGAACCUGAGUCUCGCCGCUGUCGCUUGUCUCGACAGUUGCCAGCGGGGACAGACCCUGGUUUCUACAUCCUACGUCCAUCUGAGGCACUGGAGAUGCGGCAAGCCGGGAUCGGUGUCCACAUCUGCGCCAUCGGGGUGCAGUCCGGGCUUUUCAGUUGCCGAGGAC